AUGCGGCCGGUGGACAGAGCACGCAGACAAGGCAGACAAGUGAGUCGAUCCACCCAGCAUGCUACUCUGAGCCUGCUGUUGCAGUGGGCGCGAGCACGCAGGCACGCCGCCCGCAGCCGAAAUGAACGCUCGAGGCACAACCCGUCGGCGAGCUUGGCACUUGGGCAGGAGGGGCGUAGGAUCCCGUGGACUCGCUGUCGCAAUCUGCAACGGACGAGGUCAAGCCAGCCUGCUCCGCCAUGUUUCCACCCGCAGGCACCUUGGCACCCUACCGUCAGCAGGCUCGACCUGGGUGUUCGCAGCCACCCUGCCACCGACGAGUGCAGAUGCAGCCUUGCCCGGCAGCAGCAUCUGUCUCGAGCCUGGGGCAGUGUGAAAACAAUGGCGCCGGGCAGCACAUCAGCUUUGAUGCGUGCGUGA